AGGAAAUCGAACAUAGUAAACAUGUCUUCCCAAUAACACUGUCUAUUGUUAUCAAUCAUUUGAAGGUUGUAAAUUCACUAGAAUGGAUUUUGAAAGGUUCGAACGUGCUGCGAGAAUGCCACUAUUUGCUUUCACGUGCAUACCCGCGCGUGAUUCCGAUUAGUGCAUCUAGAUCAUUCUUUUUUACUCACGCUUAUCGUACCAUCCCGCUCACCCCCACCAAUGGCUCACCUACGCGCAUUGCUCAUCUUGGCCUGGUUCAUCCAUGCGAGCACACCCCAGACCCACGACCUUCAGAACCCGCCGCAGCUGCAAGAGGUGAAGGACGAGUCAGGGAACCGCGCGGACAACAAAAGUGACGUCCACUUUAGGAAGAUAUCUGAUACAUCAACCUACAAGGCCCAUGGAGAAUCGGACGUUGGCGCCAUUGGACCGUACUACAAACUUGCAUACGGUAUCGCCAAGGCCUCCAUGGAAGGAGAGUUUCCAUAUGAAUUGUUAAAUAAAACACUAAACGGAACUGUCGAAUAUGAAGAGGAUUGGAAAAAGCUGCUAGACACGUACAUCGGCUACUUCAUCACCGUGUUGUUUGGCGUGGUGCUAGUGAUCAUCUUCCCCAUCGUCUGCCUCGGCUGCUGUAUCUACAUCUACUGCUGCUGUUGCUGUAAGAAGCCGGAGCCAAAGUCACCACGAGAGGGCGUCUACAGGAAAAAGUGCUGCCUGUACGUCACGCUGAUUGUGCUUGCCGUCUUGAUCAUCUUUGCCCUUGUGGGAAUCUGCCUCAUGUUCGCCUCCAACGAACAUCUCAGGGAUUCCAUUCACGAACUUGGAACCAGCGACUUCGAGCUUCUGGAUGACGUCACAACAUACAUCAGAUCGUCCGUUGACCAAGCUGAUCAGCUAGUCAACAAAGACUUCACAUUCUCAAGGACUGUGUUGAACCGGGACCUGCAGAAUAUCGGUGGUAUUCUUGGCGAAGACGUCAAGCAAAAGGUCACGGACAGGCUGCGAUUGCAGAAAUUAUACGACGACAUCAUAGCCUUGGAAAAUUCUGCCUACCUACUUAAUGUAGCGAUGGAAGACUUGGUAGCCAGUAGAGAGACAAUUAUAAGAGAAGCCACCAUUUUUCUGGCAGACCUCAGGCCUAUCCAGGCUGAGAUCAAUAGAAUCCAGGACCCACGAUUUCGUGAGGCUUGCCCCAACUACACCCUUAACGCGGACCGGUUCAAUCCUGCUGUACUGCUGCCAGACGAAUCUGCAAAGAACAGAUACCUGAAUCGGGUGAUAUCUCGCGGUGUCUACGCAAUGACUUUAGAGUCAAGUCAGAAGUUGAAUGAAAUCCCAAAGAGGGUGCAGACGGAAAACCAAGCGACAACACAAGAUCUAUCAAACAAGGUCGCUAACUACACAGGUGUCGUUACAUCAAUCUACAAACGCUUUGACGAACUUGCUAAAAAGUUUCAGUCUCAAACUGAUAUUCAGUCGCUCAAAUCAAGAAUGAAAAAUUAUGCCAAGGAAUUCAUGGAAUACGACGAACAAAGAUGGGUCAUAGGUUUGGUCAUAUCACUCGUGGCUCUACUGAUAGUUCUACCGCUGGCCAUCUGGCUUGUGUUUGGCUUCAUGGGAUUCCUCUACUUCGUCUUACCCAUUGUGAAGAAAACACGUCCGUACUACUGUAGUAUAUGCAUGCAAAUAUUCUACAUUUUUGCUAUGAUAUUCCUCUGGGUCAUGCUGAUCCUGACAACUGUAGUGUUUGCCAUUGGAGCCCCUACGACAAAGCUUUUCUGUGAACCGUUGCAAAGUCUAGAGAUCAUUGAAAAGCUGAUUGUAGAGUAUAAAUUGCUUGGGACCCCAAACUCUACGUGGCUGUCUGAUCAAAUCUACCCUGACAAAAAUGUUUCCCUGAAAUUGGUCGAUAUUAUCAGGUCCUGUAGUAAUGGUUCGACUGCCUACAAAGCUUUUAAAAUGAAGGAGGCCCAGGUUUUUGACCUAACCGAAAUCAAGGACUACGGGAAGACUUUUAAUAUCGGGGAGAAUGUUAAAAAAUUGGACGCUGACUUUGGUGGCGUUCAAAUCUCAACUGCUGAAAUGUUGGAAUUCGUCAAGAAUAUGAAAACCUUUGAUGAGAAGAUGCAGUACUCUAAGUAUGAGGAAUUGUUUCGAACCAAUCCGUACCACUCUGCCGAGGUGCUAGUGCUUCAGAUCAACACCUUCCUUACAGUUCACCCGAACCACGCAGAAAGGGCUGUGAUAAACCGUGUGCGAGACAUGCUGAUGGGGGCUCUAUCUAGUCAUGGAUCCCUAAUGCAAGGACCAAUACUGAAAGUCAAGGACACUGUGACUGCAAUUAUAACCCACACCCGCCAGCCUACUGACUCUUCUCUCAACACAAGAACGACAGCUCUAAUAGAGCAAAUACACUACAUGCAGAAAAACGUAAACUCUACUGCAAAGGAUGCAUUAAAAGACUCCCUCACUGACUACGAACUAAGAUUAAAGAACAUUUUUAACAACUUUUCAAGGCAUAUUCAGGAUUCUGUUGAGAACGACAUAGGCAACUGUAAACCUCUCUGGAAUGUCUUCAACACUAUCUUCAUCUAUCGAGUCUGUCACUCUAUUGUAGGCGCUUUGAAUGGCUGGUGGUGCGCCAUGGGUUGGACUAUUCUCUUCCUGGUCUCGGCUACGUGGGUCGCCUACUUCACCACCCAUCAUUUCUUCACUGUGAGGUGA